AUGUCGCACCAAGAAGCAUCUUCUGUCCCACAUGAUCGCCACCGUCAUCGCCAUCGGCACCGUGACUACGAUCGUGGCCAUUCAUCGGCCGCAAUAAGGGGAGAUACUCGAUCACGCUCACCUCCCAGAGAAGACCGCCAUGAUGGCCAUCGCCAGCAUCACCGCAGCAGACGAGACGAUGAUAGAUCGAGUCACCGGCGACAGCGAUCAGCCGAAGCUCUACCGAUUAUUUUACCAUUAGGUGCAGCACCUCUCUCAAAGCGCGAUUUAUCCCGAUAUAAGCCAGUAUUUGGGACGUAUUUGGAUAUCCAGAAAGAUAUCGAUAUAGAGGAGCUAGAUGAGCGGGAACUAAGAGGGAGAUGGAAAAGCUUCAUGGGUAAAUGGAACCGGGGUGAACUUGCAGAAGGAUGGUACGACCCGGCAACGCUUAAGAAGGCCGUAGAAGGAGCAUAUAACCGCGAGACUUCCGAUGCGCCGAUUCACAAGCCGCAGGGUAGAAGGGCGUCCCCUACCUAUAGGAAUGAGAGUGAGAAGCGCUCUGUUUCCGUUGACGAACAUCAGCAUCGAGAUGGGGCAGCUCUCUCAAAACAACCCCAGUCACAUAUUGGGGGUAGGGAGGAGGGAAGACUAUCCCGGAGAGCAGACGAGGAAGACGAUGAUGAGGAGGAAGAGGAGGAAUCAUAUGGGCCACAGGCACCAGUUUCUCAUCGCCAGUCAAUGGUUCAUAGAUCAGGCCCAAAAAUUCCAACCCUAGAAGACUUAGCACUGAAACGAGAAGAAGAACAGUUAGAUCUCGAAGAGUCCCGCAGAGCAAACAGAGUUUCUCAUAAGCACGAGCUCAAGGCACAUAAAAGUGAACUUCGCAAGAUCGAGGACGAGAUUGCACCACGAGCAGAGCCAGGAUCUCGAGAGCGCCUUUUAGAAAAGCGAAUGGAGAAAUCAGCUUCUAACCGUGCAUUUGCGGAAGCUCGUGGUGGGUCACCAGUGGAGGGUGUUGCAGACGCGGAUCUAAUGGGUGGAGCAGAAGGAGAUGACGGUUUUAAGAAAUUGAAGGAGAAGCAAACACGAAAGAAGAAUGAACGAGAACUGCGGAAAGAGGAGAUCUUAAGAUCUAGAGCUGAGGAGAGGGAGGUUAGGCUUAGGUCAUAUAAACGCAAAGAGGAUGAGACGAUGGAUUACCUGCGAGCUAUUGCUCAGGAAAGAUUCGGAUAA